UAAAACUUAUAGGGUAACUCUUUAUGGUAUAUUCUGUUGCGCUAUGUGUUUUAUUUCUACUGCAAUUGCUGUAGUAGUUAUAACAUAUAUAUCAUAGGAAAAGUAGUGUUCUAGAGGGUGUAUACACUCCCACUACAACAGGGGCUGGACAUUUUCUCAGUCCAUUCCCUCUCUCAGUCACUCAGGUUAUAUAAUGAACGGUUAGGUAUGAGAUAUGGGCGAAAUCCAUACUGGAGCUUUCCGUGGACUUCUCCUAUUACAGAGAUUGACCACAAAGAUGUACCAUUUGUUACUUUAAUGGAUGUUCUUACCUAUCGAGAGGAUUACGUGCCAACUGUUUUCGACAAUUUCAGUGCAAAUUACUCGGCUGCCUCAUGCACGAAAGUUAGGGGAAUGAAUGUUGCUGGUCCGAUUUUGGUUGCCACAAUGCAGGAAAGUUAGGGGAAUGGAUGUUGCUGGUCCAAUUCCAGAAGAGCUAUGGACUUUGACCUUCUUAAACUAUCUGUAUGUGUUUAUUUUGGACCUUUCAUGGUUUUCGUGUCCUCUUCACAACUUUAAGAAUAACAUGGUGUAUCAUAUAUACUUGGUUUAUUUCAUCUGUUGUAGGAAUUUGAGCUACAAUUUCUUGACAAACUCUCUUACACCCCCUGCUUCACAUCAGACCAUGGGUCGUCCUCAACCUGGAUAUGGAAUGCCUAGCAAUGCUUCAAGAAGGCUUGAUGAAACUAUGGCUACAGAAAUUAAGAGUUUGAGCUUGUCAAGCAUGGAGGCUAUGCAGAAUGUUCUAGAACUCCUAAGUGACAUGCUACAGGCAGUAAAUCCUGGUGAUUCUGCGGCUGUAAAAGAUGAAGUGAUAGUUGAGCUUGCCAUUUUGUUCAGGCUGAUGCACGUUUAAGAGAAGAGCUUAAAAAAGGAAAGUGGCUAUGGUAAAUCAUAAACUGAUUGAUUUGGCAAUAUCAAGUUUCC